CUGGCUUAAGCCAGUUCGAGUUUGAUGCGGCGUUGUCAGACAGCACUUCCACGAAAACGAAAUUUUACGUAGUGCGUGGAAUUGUACAUCAAACUUAAGACUGCAUGACACUUGCUCGAAGUAUUAUACGUUAGUAAGGUCGUUUUCUCAGUCAGUAAUAUGCCGUUGUAACCGGUGAUCCACAAGAAUCAUGUUGCGGCCCUUUGCUAUUCGUUCUCGUGUUGGUCGGGUACGAGGCGAGCUGACAAUGCCGCUAAUCUUAAGCACAUGUUUCCGGUGUGUCGUUAAUGAGACUAUAGACUAGAGGCUACGUAACAAUGCGAUUUGCCCCACUCUUCUCGUGACAAAGUCAUUGAAUUGAUAAAUGUGAUAGCAAGGCGACUGCUGCAAGCAACUUGGUUGCCAACUCAGAACCGUUUGUUCGUUAGAACGAUGAGUGAGUCAGGCCGACGAGUACAAUAAGUUCUCGAUUCUCGAUCCCCAUCAUCAUCGUCAUCGUAUCUAGCCUCUGAGUUGUGAAACUCAGUGAAUGUCAGUCAGUUAGUUGGCUUUUUGUUGCUUUUGCGCGCGUGCAAUCUCGACCGCGUGUUCGUUCGUGUGGGCAGAAUUUUUGGCCAUUUAAACACGAGGUCACUGACCAUCAGCGGGUUAAAUCAACUGUGAUAUUAUUAUUAAGUUAUAAACGUAAUACAAUUCGAUAAUCAAAAUGAUGCAAACAAGAAUCGGAACGGUCCAGGUCCAAAAAAUGACCGUCCUGGAGAGCGACUUUCCCGCAUCGUCCAUUCCUGAUAUCUUGGAGGACUUCCUGUUUCUAUUCAGACAUUUAAUAUCAAGGUAUCUGGACAUUGGGGAGGAUAUGAAUGUACCAGAUGAUUUUACCACGGCCGAAAUGCAAAGUGGAAUGUGGUGGAGACAUUUAAUGGCAGGGGGUAUCGCGGGGGCCGUAUCCAGAACGUGCACAGCACCUUUUGAUAGGCUCAAGGUUUUUCUCCAGGUUCAACCUCAAAGGCAAUCGAUUGGUGAAAGUUUGAGGUACCUUUUUCGAGAGGGUGGUGUGUCAAGUUUUUGGCGUGGCAAUGGUAUUAAUGUCGUGAAAAUUGCUCCUGAAUCCGCAAUCAAAUUCGCAGCGUACGAACAGAUAAAAAGGCUAAUAAAGGGCGAACAUCAAUCACCCCUCAGUAUCUACGAACGAUUUUGUGCUGGGGCGUUAGCCGGUGGCAUAAGUCAGUCUGCAAUUUACCCCCUCGAAGUGCUCAAGACGCGACUGGCACUGAGGAAAACCGGCCAGUACAAGGGUAUCGUGGAUGCAGCUAUCAAGAUUUACACCAACGAAGGGUUGAAAACGUUCUACCGCGGCUACAUUCCCAACAUGUUAGGCAUUGCACCCUAUGCAGGAAUCGACCUGGCAGUUUACGAAACGCUCAAAAGAAAGUACCUUAGUUCGCACCCUAGUGAAGAGCAGCCCAGUUUCUGGAUGUUGUUGGCAUGUGGGAGCGCAUCCUGUACUUUAGGUCAAAUUUGCUCGUAUCCCUUGGCAUUGGUUAGGACGAGGCUACAAGCUCAUGCUGUCGUCCAACCGAGUAUGGAUCCGUCUUCUAUGACGAUGUCGGGGGUGUUCAAAACAAUUUUACAGACUGAGGGGGUCGUCGGACUAUACAGAGGCAUUACUCCCAACUUCAUCAAAGUCCUACCCGCAGUUAGCAUUAGCUACGUCGUCUACGAGUACUCGAGCCGGUUACUGGGCGUCAAUAUGACGUGAUGAGCCGGGUGUUUAGACAUGAAUUUUUUUAUUUAUUUAUUUGAUUAAAUAAAAAGUUAUGUGGAAAAGGGAGACCACGAAAAUUGCAAGCAGCGGCUUCAUUACGGAUAGAUAUUUCUCAGUCUUUUAACCACACAAUUCAACAUUACUGACGACUUAACGACGAGUAAAAAUAAUGUAAUCGAUAUACGUUACACCUCAA